UUGGCUUCGGUACAAUUGCAUUCUCCAAGUCGUCUACAACGGGGUGGGAGAUGGGAUCGGUGGAUCGACCCAAGAAGAGGGGUCGCCUGUGGAAGAAGGCGCUCGUGCACUUCGCUCUCUGCUUCGUGAUGGGCUUCUUCAGCGACUUCGCGCCGCGCAGUACCGCCAUCCUCUUCUCCGGCCGCCACGCCGAGCACCUCGUCCCCGCCGCACGCACCAAGUCCGUGGAGCGCCUCGUCGUCAACAGCACGGUCGAGAUCCCGGGGUCUUCUUCUGGCCGGGGGCAGGGCAGCCACGACGAACCUCCUCCGCCCCUGGAGGUGGCGGGGGCGCGCGAGCCGCAGUCGCCGUCGCAGCGGCUGCUGAUCGUCGUGACGACGACCCGGACCGGUGACCGGCUCCAGGGCGCGCUCUUGCGGCGGCUGGCUCACACCCUGCGCCUGGUCCCCCCGCCUUUGCUGUGGAUUGUUGUCCAGGACGACGCCGACGCCCUCGCCACCGCCGCGAUGCUGCGGACCACUGGCGUGAUGUACAGGCACCUGACCUUCAAGGAGAACUUUACCGACCCGGUGGUGGAGGCCGAUCACCAGCGCAACGUCGCCCUCAGUCACGUUGAAUACCACCGACUGUCUGGGAUCGUGCACUUCGCCGGCGCAUCUAACGUCUACGAUCUCCAAUUCUUCGACGAGAUCAGGGAGAUCGAGUCAUUUGGGACAUGGCCAGUAGCAGUGGUAUCAACAAACAAGAAGAGAGUGGUGGUGGAUGGUCCAAUUUGUCAUUCAUCGAAGGUCAAAGGGUGGAUCUCGAAGGACUUGAGCAAUGACAAAAGGUUGCUGGUAACUAGCACAGACAUGAAUCCCAAACCUCCAAAGAUUAAUAUUUCAGGCUUUGCAUUCAAUAGCUCGAUGCUAUGGGAUCCUGAGAGGUGGGGUCGCCCUACCUCAUUGCCCGACACAUCCCAGGAUUCAAUCAAGUUUGUGCAUGAAGUCAUCCUAGAAGAUGAGACCAAGUUGAAGGGCAUUCCUGCUGACUGUUCUAAGAUCAUGGUGUGGCACAUGACCAGAGGAACUCCUCUGCCCAUACACCAUUAGGAUCAAAGACCAAAGGUAGGUAAGGUGAGAAACCCAAAAGGUGGGGUUGUGUAAAUUAGGUGAUGAAUUGUUGUUAGUUGUGAUAUUAGUAACUUUUUUCUUUUGGGGAAGGCUAAUUGGGCACCUCCCCAGCAAUAUUAAUUAUCAUUACUCGUUGGUAUUGUUUCA